AUGCAGCGUUACCCUCAACGUCCCCGUGUGGAUGGCGCAUUCGUGGCGGUCGACCCAUUCAAGCCUUCCGUAUCACUCGGAAUCAAAAACAUCAUCACUGGGCAGAAUGACCCAACGAUCGACGACAUUCCAGUUAAGCCCCAGCAACAGUAUGCCAUACCUUACGAAGGGCAGCCUUAUGUUCAACCCGGAAUGUAUCUGCCCCAGCCUUACUCGCAACCAAUCUAUGUAACUCAGCCUCCUUCCCAACCAAUCUAUCAACACCGUCGUCCUCAUACCCAACCCAUUUCUCAACCAGUCUAUCCAUAUCCGCCGAACUUUCGACCACCCUAUCCAACCCAACCUCCAGUCAUUCUACCCCAGCCUCCAGUCAUUGUGUCGCAGCCUGCAGUCGUCCCCGCUCCUUUUAUCGCACCAUCCAAAGGAAGCAGUUCUGAGAGCAGAAGAAGUUACGGGCAAGGGCACCGUGGACCAAGUAGACGUCCUUCACAAAGCCGAAGUCCGCGCCGUUCACCAAUCAGAAGACGUUCGCGAAGCUCGAGGAGAAAUGAACAACAAUAUUCCAGAAGCCCACAACGGCCAUGGCUUAGCCGCUUUUGGAGAGGCCGAAGGCAUCGCGUUCAUACGGGCACACACCAGCCAAGACGUGACUCUGAGCGAGUCGAUUCCGCACCUUCCGCGUCUGAAGUUCGUGGGCGCUCCCGCAGUCCUAAACCUCUGGGAGCGAAGGAGUCUGAUGAGAUUGAAAGUGCAAGUGGGGAUGGUUCUUCUUUUCGUUCAGUAAGCCGCAGUCGCCCAAUCGCAUCUGUAUUGCCGGUUCCGCCUAUUGUCACUCCGACCAUUCUUCCCCACUUUUCCCCUCCUCCUGCGCGUGAGCAGCGUCCCCGCUCUCCGCGCUUCUCUCUUACCUCCCCGCGCUUCUCUCCUACCUCCCCGCGCUUCUCUCCUAUUCCACCCCGCCAUCCUUCGAAUUCUCCACAUCGUUCUCGUACUUCUACACGCUAUUGCUAUUCUGCGCCUUCUCAUGAACCUCCCGCCGUACCACCUCCUGCAUCACAAGGCUCAACCCGGUCAUCUGCAAGUCGGUCGCGGUCAAGAAGCCCCCGAAAAUAUCCUCUCGAUUACCGUGCACGUCCUGCCUCAGGAAGUCGACGCUCACGGUCCCCACCAUCUCCUCCUGUCUCUAUCCACAGGCCACCCACCGUUAUCAUACCACCGCCUGCUGUUCGUCCUGCUUGGAGACAACGAUCACGCUCACAGUUAUAUCAUGAUCGCCGAUCACGCCGUAGCUCUCCCCCUAGGCAGGCCAGAAGACAUAGCAGGUCCCACUCAAGAAGUGAAAGAAGGUCUUCACGACGAAGGUAUUCUUGGGACGAGCCCCAAAAUGAGAGAGAUUACAGGGAGCGACUGCCUCCCGUCGUUAUCCUGCCAGAGCCUGACUAUUGGAGACCACACUGGGACACACGAUCUCGCCGUCAGUAUAGACGGUCGCGCUCCCGUUCUUCUUCUAGCUCCUCCCCCUCCCGCCGUCGUCGACGGAGAUCGCGCUCUCAGCCUAUCCUAGUCCCAGUGGAUACGUAUAAUGCCCCUUUCGUUCCCCCUGGUUCUAGGCCACAUACUCCCAUGUACACGCCUCCAGCAACGGAUGGUUACAAGCCACAACCAUAUGUAGUGGUCCAGCCUUUAGCGGGAGAGGACAAAGAAGAAUACUAUCCGAAUUAUGCCGUCCAACCGCGUAUAACAGCGUACGCAACUGCUUUCCUGCUGGACACGGUUCCGCGUCAGAUCUAUCUGCAUUUCAUGCUUCGCCUCCCCUCCUUGUAUUUCAGCAGGGUGACACGGAUAUUCGAAGAGGCGGAAAUGUCAAUGCCCGAGAUCAAAAAAAUGGCACUGGAAGCCGCAAGUGGGUGGAAAGACCCCGUGAGGGAUAUAAAUCGAGGGUUCAACUUCGAGCCUCAGGAGCUGACGCCGCCCUACGCGUCUCUGCAGAGUUCUUGGCAGAGUUUCAUCGACUCGUUAAUGAGAGAAUGGAAGACUCUUAAUAUUAUAUCGGUUUUGCUCUUAUCCGCCAUCUUGACGAUUUUGCAAAUUGACGUAGCGGCUGCUGAUCCAUACACGCGAUAUUCGGCCCUGCUGUCACUUGUUUGUGCUCUUAUGAGCCUGCUGUACGGUUGCAUCUACAUCAUCAGGUUUGGUACGAUGCGGAAGACGUAUAAAGCGGCGGAGUGGGCAACGGAAGCUCAAAAAACUCGAACGGGUAUAUGGUGGAACGUCUGGGUUAUGCUUGCAAUGCCUGCGACGUGGCUAGCUUGGUCAAUGAUACUCUACAUAUUUUGCAUCAUGUCGUUCGUCUGGCGAACUGGGACAUCUGAGGACGUCAACAUUCAUGCGAUAUCGCCGAGGGACGCACUCGGUCCCAGAAUCGCCAUCACAGUUGUCUUUUCUUUGGGUCUGAUAUAUUUCCUUCUCAUAGUCAGCACAUUCAGGCGCUACGGCGACAUGAUGGAUCGGGCUUGGCAACAGCGGGUUUUGGGGUGGGCCCAAGAAAAAUUAGGAUAUGUGUAUGUUCCACCGCCACGACCCUACAGCCCAUCGUAUGCUGACAAGCCACGAUCGUACGAGCCAACCACUAGAUACCCUACUUCUUUUGCGCAGCAUCCCGUUCAAACCGCGUCAUUCGGGGCAUAUCCUUCUUACCCUCAAGCUCCUCCCCGUUCCUCUCCUCCGCGAGAUCCAGAGAAUCCCACUGUGAAUCAACGUCGUAGCUUGUCCAAGCCCGGGGCACACAAACCCAGCUCUCCGUAUUUGGAUUCAUCGUUCCUUGCUCAAGUCGCACCCCCACUCUCCUCCCUCCUCCAUAUAUCACCGAAGCGCACACGCUCUCCGUCUCUUUCCCCUACCCGCCUCAGAGGCACGUCGAAUCGUAGGACGGCUCCUUCGCGUUCCCCUUCGCAAGACAAGAAAAGAUCAAAGUCAGAAUUAGGCGAGCAACGUUUAUCUCCAAUUUUGGCCGACAUAGUACCACCCCCCAUUUUCGCUCAUUCCCGGUCGAGGUCGAGGUCGCAGUCGAUAGCGCGGACUAGUAGGGUGAGGUCGAGAUCACCCGCUCUGAGUCAACCUCCACCCGCGACGGAUAAAGACGUCCAGACUUUGAAAAUCCUUUCUAUUUCUACGGAGGGUGUGUUUCGUUGGAAUGAGCCCAGACAACUUUUCACGCGUGGUCUUAAUUAUGCGGAUUGGGCGAGAUUCAAUUAUGAAUCUACAGCAGGCUGGCACGACAAGAUAGAUACCCUACGUGAUCCAGAAAGGUUUGCGGUGGGCUCUGAUUCGCCGCAACGUCGCCUGGCGCAGGUUCUCGAUUGGUGGAAUGUUAAUUUCUUCCGUGAACUUGAUGCCGAAGCCAUUCUUGGAGAAGAAUCCGCUGAUAGCAACGCAACAGCAACUUUUGCCGUUUAUCUUGUCAUUGACGGUCCCUGUCCUCUGACUGAUAUCGCCACUUGUUUAAGGGGUUUGCCCAAAGGACUGGAUCGCACAUAUUUGUAUCGGAUCAACCAGAUCUCGGACUUGGAAGCUGUGAAUUUGAGAGAUGACCUUUUGGAUGGGGAGCCAUAG